AUGCAAAUAGCAUACCCUUCCACAAUCAGCAUCGGAGUAAGCCGCAAGAGCAGGGGAGAAGACUCCAGUGUCACCAUCUGUUUGUACUACCAUGGUAGUAAAGGAGUAGACAAUGAUGUGAAAACCAAACCAGGACUGAGGCUGCCACAGGUUGACAGAGCACUGCAGCAGAAGCAGCGUUGGCUGGUUGAGCAAUCGGUAUGCUACCAUUGUAAUGGCGCAAAGGCAGUUUACAGGUUUUAA